AGGGGGUUGGGCAUCCGCCGCCUUGUGCUCUUCAAGGCCGCCGCCGCUAGCCCAGCUCCUUCCUCCUCGCCCUGCACGCCGCAAAAGCCCGAAGAUGGCGGCUCACCAUCUCCUCGCCCGCUUGCACCGCUGCCUCUUGCCCGCCGCUUCCCGAUGGGGGUCAGGGCACAGGACGGCGCCGCUGGCUCUCGGGGCGCAAGCGAAGACUUGCGGCUGCUAUUUUUCAACCAGUUCCUGUCACAAUACCCAAUUUUAUACUGAUCCGGUAGAAGCAGUAAAAGACAUACCAAGUGGGUCCACUCUCCUUGUUGGUGGUUUUGGGCUCUGUGGAAUUCCAGAGAACCUCAUAGGAGCUUUGUUGAAGACUGGUGUAAAAGGAAUAACCGCUGUCAGUAACAAUGCAGGAGUAGACAACUUUGGGCUUGGACUUCUGCUUCAGACCAAACAGAUCAAGCGUAUGGUGUCAUCCUAUGUUGGAGAAAAUGCAGAAUUUGAGCGACAAUAUUUAUGUGGUGAACUGGAAGUUGAGCUUACCCCACAGGGUACCCUUGCUGAGCGGAUCCGAGCAGGAGGAGCUGGCAUCCCAGCUUUCUUCACCAGUACGGGGUAUGGGACAUUGGUGCAAGAAGGAGGGUCUCCAAUCAAAUACAACAAAGACGGCACUGUUGCCCUGGCUAGUGAGCCAAGAGAGGUGAGGGAAUUUGACGGUCGGCAUUACAUUAUGGAGAAAUCAAUUACCGGAGAUUUUGCGUUAGUAAAGGCCUGGAAGUCUGAUCGUGCUGGAAAUAUUAUCUUCAGAAAAACUGCGAGAAAUUUCAAUCAGCCUAUGUGUAAAGCUGCCAGAACAACAGUGGUAGAGGUAGAAGAAAUUGUUGAUGUAGGGUCCUUUGCCCCCGAAGAUAUCCAUGUCCCCAAAAUCUACGUCCAUCGUCUCAUCCAAGGGGACAAGUAUGAAAAAAGAAUUGAGAGAUUAUCACUUCGCAAAGCUGAAGACUCUCAGGGCAAACAGAAGAAAAGUGGUGAUAAUGUAAGAGAAAGGAUUAUCAGACGGGCAGCUCUUGAAUUUGAAGAUGGCAUGUAUGCUAACUUGGGUAUCGGCAUUCCCCUGCUUGCCAGCAACUAUAUCAGCCCAGCUAUAACUGUGCAUCUACAGAGUGAAAAUGGCGUCCUUGGUUUGGGACCCUAUCCAUCUGAAAAUGAAGUUGACCCUGACCUCAUCAAUGCAGGUAAAGAAACAGUCACUGUAUUGCCAGGUGCUUCAUACUUCUCUAGUGAUGAAUCUUUUGCAAUGAUUCGAGGGGGACAUGUUGAUCUAACUAUGCUUGGGGCAAUGCAAGUAUCUAAACAUGGUGAUUUAGCCAACUGGAUGAUCCCUGGAAAGAUGGUGAAAGGAAUGGGUGGUGCCAUGGAUUUGGUGUCCAGCUCAAGAACUAAAGUAGUAGUGACUAUGGAACACUCAGCAAAGGGCAAUGCCCACAAAAUACUGGAAAAGUGCACUUUGCCGAUUACCGGGAAACAAUGUGUGGAUUGCAUCAUAACAGAAAAGGCGGUUUUUAAUGUCGAUAAGAAAAAAGGACUGACGCUGAUUGAGAUCUGGGAAGGCGAGUCUGUAGAUGAGAUUAAAAAAUGCACCGGUGCUGACUUUACUGUUUCACCAAACCUCAUGCCAAUGAAGCAGAUUUGAACCUGAAAUUUAGAGUGGUCCUUUCUUCCAUACUUCCAGGGAAGGAGAAUCAAAUGUCUGUUUUUGCAUUUAUGCAUUAUUCAGAGGUCUUUGUAAAGCAGUUUUUAUUUAAGUAGUUAUCAUCAAGUUGACUUGUAAACAUUUGCUUGUAUGCAACAAUACAGUACAGUUUCCAAAUUUAAAAUUUCAUUUGGUACUUAGAUAUUUUUAAAUAGAGUAUUGCAGGUUUGACUGUUAAUAAACAGUAGUAGAGGAAAUGACUCAGUUAAGAUUAUCAUUCUCUUGUCUUCUAAUGCUGAAAUAUGCACAAACUUUUCCAAACAGAUAAAACUGCAGUUAAGUUAUCAACUUCAGAAUAAUCCAGCCAUUUUCAGUGCCUCUGAAUGUGUCCAGGGCCAUAUAUGACUCCUUUUAUGCUAACGUUACUUUUACAUGCAGAAAAGCAAUUUGAGGGUGCCUGUAUACUAGCUACUAUGGUACUACCACUAUUACACAGACACGAACACAGAUCUGAAUACAAAUAGACACAUAUUGUUUGCUUAAAAUUUGUGAAUCAUCAGAACUUUGGAUAUUUAGACAUUGUAUUUUCAGGGUUGCAUUGCUAAAAGACUACACAGGGCUGUUUAUAUCUCUGAUAAAAAGAAAGCAUUUUUAAACCUUCCAGUUACUCAUCCUGUGAGUUUAUGAGUUUAGAUGACUGGAGCAUAUAUUUGCUUGUUGAGAUCUCAGAACCCCCAAAGUCUAGAAUUCUUGUUUUCAAAAUUUGCAGUAAUAUAUGGAUUUUGUUCUGUGUAACAUAUAAGCACUUUCUAAUGGGUUAUCCAGUAGCACUUACUUGCUGAAAGCAUGAAUAUAUACAUUAGAAAAUAAAUUUCUGGCAGGAUAAAAGAUGCAAGAUAAAUUGGGGAAAAAAUUGCUUAUAUUUGUAGGGAUAAUACUGGCUACAACAUCUGUCAGUCCCUUAGUUGGAUUGGUUUGGCACAGAAAUGUGUUUAUUUAACUGCCAAUGUACAGCCCUGAAUUGUAUAAAAAUAUACAAUGAAUUGUUCAUCUUGCACAUACCAGAAGCUUUGUUGCAAUGGAACUUUGUCAUGAUGCAGUUACAAUAACUUUCUUUUUACUAAUCUUAUUUAUUCAGCUGCACCUAUUCAUACAUUAAUGUGUGGAUUCCAUAUUUUACUAAUACCAAAAAUUAAUUGUUCACAUAGAUUUUUAAUUACAUAAAUCUAGGUGCUAUUUGGAAUUUGACUUUAUCCUUUAGGUUUUCAUAUAAUAGCAGAUAGCAUCUGCUUUUCUCUCUUGAUCUGAAAGAUUAAAAAAAAAAUCUCAGGUCAAAGCUUCUUUCCUCAUUUCUUUCUUUCCUACCUAAGCACUGAUUGCAGAAACAUUACAGCUUGGCCAGAUCAUUAGCAUUCCAGUGAGAUACAUCCCUGCCUUUUUAUGUGGUUGGUUUUCAGUGACCAGUACCUAUUUGGGAGCGCAAUUGGAUGUAGAUCUUUUUUUCUUCUUCUUCCCAAGAAGUCCUUCUGAUCUGAAAUGCAGAAAUUAGAGAGCAACAUCUAAGCAAAGAUUUUGGGUGAUGAGAGCUGAACUUAAUUUAUGUGUGAUAUGGGAACCUUUGAAUGCCUGCUUAUGGACUAAUGAGCAGCUAGUGAUACUUUUUUCCCUUGGGGCAGUGCUUCUAAACUCGGCAACCUGAAGAUAGAUGGACUUCAACUCCCAGAAUUCCCUAACCAGCAUGGUGCUGGGAAAUUCUGGGAGUUGAAGUCCACAAAUCUUCAAGUUGCUGAGGUUGAGAAACACUGUUCUCAGGAGCAACAGGCAUUUUGCAGCAGGAGAAGACUGUUUAGGGGAAAAACAUAAGAAAUGCUGAAAGUUAUUAAGAAUAUGUAGCACUUCUGGCCUCUUUUUUUUCUCUUAGGUAUUAGUUUAUAUUAGUUUUUCUAUUCUAUUUUUAACAUUUAAUAAAGUUGUGCAAAAAAAGUUUCAACUGAACCCAGAGAUUAUUAUGAAACCAAUUUUGAAGGCAAGUUCAAAGGAAACAAUCUGUACACCAGGUAUUAUUAGCAGGACGCAGUGGUGGCUUUUUACCAUAGUUUGAUAGUAGUACCAAAUCCUAGAGGCACCAAUAGGAAUGAAUAAUUUGCAGAAAAGUUUGAAUUUAUUAUUGUCCAAGUCAUCUGGAGAUUUGGGAAAGGUGCAUAUGUGAGUUCAUCCCCUAGUCUGGUCCACCAGUUUAUCCAGGGACCCUUCCUGAUUGUACACCUAAUAUAAUAGUAUUUCUGCCCUUCAGUAGAAAGUUUCUUUUUUGGCCCUUCUCUUUCAUUCCUUGUAUUUGUCAAACGUUUCACUCUGCCCACUGAUAAGGAAUAAAAGUGAACUGACUAACGA